GUCAAAAUUUUUCAAAUACUUGUAUUUAGGCUUUAUCUCAAAAAUUGUCUGCAAAUAUAUGAAUUUGUAACAUGUGGAGCACUUUAAUUUGCCAGGGACGAUGUGUUUUUUGGAAAAGAUCCGCCAAAUCCGAUUAUUCGAAACCUUAUACUAUGCAAUUGGCACAGCGGCGUCAGCUUUCCGAUAAAGAGCGAACAGAAAAUAGAAAGGAUAUAGCUUUCUGGUCCAAGGAUUUUGAUGCAUUGCUGAAGAAGCGGAAGCUGCUUGCGAUGGUCUUAGAGAAGGUGGAGAAACAAUCGCUAUAUGUUGAUGAAAUGCUACGGAACAAUCAAAAACAUUUGAAAGCAGCCGAGAAGAAACUGAAGGAAUUCGAUGAAAACCCAAAAAAUGGAGCAUCCAUAAAGUGAAGCGUUCCACAACUGACGCAAACUUAGAAAUUUGUUGAAGAGUUUUGGAGAAAGUUUUGUUACAGCGCAUUCAAGAGCUAAUCAAAUUUUUGAAAUACGAAAUAAAAUGAUUAAAAUGUGUACUCGCAA